AUGGAGGAGAGGUACUACCCAGUGAUCUUCCCAGACGAGCGGAAUUUCCGCCCCUUCACUUCCGACUCUUUGGCUGCAAUAGAGAAGCGGAUCGCCAUCCAAAAAGAGAAGAAGAAAUCCAAAGACAAGGCAGCGACUGAGCCCCAGCCUCGGCCUCAGCUCGACCUAAAGGCCUCCAGGAAGUUACCUAAGCUUUAUGGCAACGUUCCCCCUGACCUCAUAGCGAAGCCCCUGGAAGAUCUGGACCCAUUCUACAAAGACCAUAAGACAUUCAUGGUGUUGAACAAGAAGAGAACAAUCUAUCGCUUCAGCGCCAAGAGGGCCUUGUUCAUUCUGGGGCCUUUUAAUCCCCUCAGAAGCUUCAUGAUUCGCAUCUCUGUCCAUUCAGUCUUCAGCAUGUUCAUUAUCUGCACGGUGAUCAUCAACUGUGUAUUCAUGGCUAUGUCUAUGGACAGUAAUUCUAGCAGUAACAUUCCCGAAUUCGUCUUCAUUGGGAUUUAUGGUUUAGAAGCUGUGAUUAAAAUAUUGGCAAGAGGGUUCAUUGUGGAUGAGUUUUCCUACCUCCGCGAUCCUUGGAACUGGUUGGACUUCAUUGUCAUCGGAACAGCGAUCGCACCUUGUUUUCUCGGUAACAAAGUCAAUAGUCUUUCUUCUCUUCGUACCUUCCGAGUGUUGAGAGCUCUGAAAGCGAUUUCUGUAAUCUCAGGUCUGAAGGUCAUCGUAGGUGCCCUGCUGCGCUCCGUGAAGAAGCUGGUAGACGUGAUGGUCCUCACUCUCUUUUGCCUCAGCAUCUUUGCCUUAGUUGGUCAGCAGCUCUUCAUGGGAAUUCUGAACCAGAAAUGCAUUAAGAACAACUGUGGCCCUAACCCUUCAUCCAACAAGGAUUGCUUUGUAAAGGAAAAUGAUAGCGAGGACUUCAUAAUGUGUGGCAACUGGCUCGGCAGCAGACCCUGCCCUGAUGGUUCUACGUGCAAUAAAACCACAUUAAACCCAGAUUAUAAUUAUACAAACUUUGACAACUUUGGCUGGUCUUUUCUCGCUAUGUUCCGGGUUAUGACUCAAGACUCCUGGGAGAAGCUUUAUCGACAGAUCCUUCGGACCUCUGGGAUCUACUUUGUCUUCUUCUUCGUGGUAGUCAUCUUCCUGGGCUCUUUCUACCUGCUUAACUUAACCCUGGCCGUCGUCACCAUGGCUUACGAGGAACAGAAUAGAAAUGUAGCUGCUGAGACAGAGGCCAAGGAGAAGAUGUUUCAGGAAGCCCAGCAGCUGUUAAGGGAGGAGAAGGAGGCGCUGGUUGCCAUGGGAAUUGACAGAACUUCCCUUAAUUCCCUCCAAGCUUCAUCCUUUUCCCCAAAGAAGAGGAAGUUUUUUGGUAGUAAGACAAGAAAGUCCUUCUUUAUGAGAGGGUCCAAGACAGUUCGAGCCUCAGCGUCUGAUUCAGAGGACGAUGCCUCUAAAAACCCACAACUCCUUGAGCAAACAAAACGACUGUCCCAGAACUUGCCUGUAGAUAUCUUUGAUGAGCACGUGGACCCCCUCCAUAGGCAGAGAGCGCUGAGUGCCGUCAGUAUCUUAACCAUCACCAUGCAGGAACAAGAAAAAUCCCAGGAGCCUUGUUUCCCGUGUGGGAAAAACUUGGCAUCCAAGUACCUGGUGUGGGAGUGUAGCCCUCGGUGGCUGUGCAUAAAGAAGGUCCUGCGGACUGUCAUGACAGACCCCUUCACUGAGCUGGCCAUCACCAUCUGCAUCAUCGUCAAUACUGUCUUCUUGGCCAUGGAGCACCACGAUAUGGAUAACUCUUUAAAAGAGAUACUGAAAAUAGGAAAUUGGCUGAGGGUCUUUAAGUUAGCCAAAUCCUGGCCCACAUUGAACACUCUCAUUAAGAUCAUCGGCCACUCCGUGGGUGCGCUCGGAAACCUGACUGUGGUCCUCACCAUCGUGGUCUUCAUCUUCUCCGUGGUUGGCAUGCGGCUCUUUGGUGCCAGGUUUAACAAGACUUCCUCCACCUCUCCGGAGCUCUGCCGGCGCUGGCACAUGGGUGAUUUCUACCACUCCUUCCUGGUGGUGUUCCGCAUCCUCUGUGGGGAAUGGAUCGAGAACAUGUGGGAAUGUAUGAAGGAGAUGGACGGCUCCCCGCUGUGCAUUGUUGUCUUUGUGCUGAUCAUGGUGAUCGGGAAGCUUGUGGUGCUUAACCUCUUCAUUGCCUUGCUGCUCAAUUCCUUCAGCAAUGAGGAGAAGGAUGGGAACCCAGAAGGAGAGACCAGGAAAACCAAAGUGCAGCUAGCCCUGGAUCGGUUCCGCCGGGCCUUCUCCUUCAUGGCGCACGCUCUUCAGAAUUUCUGUUGCAAGAGGUGCAGGAGGCAAAACUCGCCAAAGCCAAACGAGGCAACAGAAAGCUUUGCCGGUGAGAGUAGAGACACGGCCUUCCUGGAUGCAAGGCCCUGGAAGGAGUAUGAUUCAGAAAUGACUCUGUACACUGUGCAGGCCGGGGCUCCACUGGCCCCGCUGGCCAAAGAAGAGGACGAUAUGGAAUGUUGUGGUGAAUGUGAUGCCCCACCUACCUCACAACCUAGCACCAAAGUUCAGGCCUGUGACCUCCCUCUGGAGACCAAGCAGCCCCCCAGCCCAGAUGACCACGGGGUUGAAAUGGAAGUGUUUUCUGAAGAAGAUCCGAGUUUAACCACACAGAGUGCUCGAAAGAAGUCUGAUGCGGCAAGCAUGCUCUCAGAAUGCAGCACAAUUGACCUGAAUUUCUUUAGAAAUUUACAGAAAACAGUUUCCCCCAAAAAGCAACCAGAUAGAUGCUUUCCCAAGGGCCUCAGUUGUAUCUUUCUAUGCUGCAAAACAAUCAAAAGAAAGUCCCUCUGGGUCCUGUGGUGGAAUCUUCGGAAAACCUGCUACCAAAUCGUGAAGCAUAGCUGGUUUGAGAGCUUCAUAAUCUUUGUCAUCCUGCUGAGCAGCGGAGCACUGAUAUUUGAAGAUGUCAAUCUCGCCAAACGGCCCCAAGUUGAGAAAUUACUGAGGUGCACCGAUAAUAUUUUCACAUUUAUUUUUCUCCUGGAAAUGAUUCUGAAGUGGGUGGCCUUUGGAUUCCGGAAGUAUUUCACCAGCGCCUGGUGCUGGCUCGACUCCCUCAUUGUGGUGGUGUCUGUGCUCAGCCUCAUGAACUUACCAAACUUGAAGUCCUUCCGGACUCUGAGAGCACUGAGACCUCUGCGGGCGCUGUCCCAGUUUGAAGGAAUGAAGGUUGUUGUCAAUGCCCUCAUGAGUGCUAUACCUGCCAUCCUCAAUGUCUUGCUGGUCUGCCUCAUUUUCUGGCUCAUAUUUUGUAUCCUGGGAGUAAGUUUUUUUUCUGGGACGUUUGGAAGAUGCAUUAACGGAACAGACAUAAAUAAAUAUUUAAACCAUACCAAAGUUCCAAACCGAAACCAAUGUAAUGCUAGUCAUUACACGUGGAAGGUCCCGAACGUCAACUUUGACAACGUGGGGAAUGCCUACCUUGCCCUGCUGCAAGUGGCGACCUAUAAGGGCUGGCUGGACAUUAUGAAUGCAGCUGUCGAUUCCAACGGGAAAGAUAAGCAGCCGUCCUUUGAGGCGAAUCAAUACGCAUACCUUUACUUCGUGGUUUUCAUCAUCUUCGGCUCAUUCUUUACCCUGAACCUCUUUAUCGGUGUCAUCAUUGACAACUUCAAUCAGCAGCAGAAAAAGAUAAGUGGCCAAGACAUUUUUAUGACAGAAGAACAGAAGAAAUAUUACAAUGCAAUGAAAAAGUUAGGAACCAAGAAGCCUCAAAAGCCCAUCCCAAGGCCCCUGAACAAAUGUCAAGCCUUUGUGUUCGACUUGGUCACAAGCCAGGUCUUUGAUGUCAUCAUUCUGGGUCUUAUUGUUACAAACAUGAUUAUCAUGAUGGCUGAAUCUGAUGGCCAGUCCAAAGAAGUGAAGAAAGUCUUUGAUAAUCUCAACAUAACCUUCGUGGUCAUCUUUACCGUAGAGUGUCUCAUCAAAGUCUUUGCUUUGAGGCAACACUACUUCACCAAUGGCUGGAACUUAUUUGAUUGUGUGGUCGUGGUUCUUUCUAUCAUUAGUACCUUGGUUUCUGGCUUGGAGGACAGUAACAUCUUCCCUCCCACGCUCUUGAGAAUUGUCCGCUUGGCUCGCAUCGGUCGAAUCCUCAGACUGGUCCGGGCGGCUCGAGGAAUCAGGACACUCCUUUUCGCUUUGAUGAUGUCUCUCCCUUCUCUCUUCAACAUUGGUCUGCUUCUCUUUCUGGUGAUGUUCAUUUACGCCAUUUUUGGGAUGAACUGGUUUUCCAAAGUGAAGAAAGGCUCUGGGAUCGAUGACAUCUUCAACUUUGAAACCUUCUCGGGCAGCAUGCUCUGUCUCUUCCAGAUAACCACCUCAGCCGGCUGGGAUGCUCUCCUCAACCCCAUGCUGGAAUCACAAGCCUCUUGCAACUCCUCCUCCCAAGACAGCUGUCAGCAGCCGCGGUUAGCCAUAGUCUACUUCGUCAGCUACAUCAUCAUCUCCUUUCUCAUUGUGGUUAACAUGUACAUAGCUGUGAUCCUAGAGAACUUCAAUACAGCCACGGAGGAGAGCGAGGACCCCCUGGGCGAAGACGACUUUGAAAUCUUCUAUGAGAUCUGGGAGAAGUUUGACCCUGAAGCAACACAGUUCAUCCAGUACUCGUCCCUCUCUGACUUCGCCGACGCCCUGCCCGAGCCAUUGCGUGUGGCCAAGCCUAACAGGUUUCAGUUUCUCAUGAUGGACUUGCCCAUGGUGAUGGGUGAUCGCCUCCAUUGCCUGGAUAUCCUCUUCGCUUUCACCACCAGGGUCCUCGGGAACUCCAGCGGCUUGGAUACCAUGAAAGCCAUGAUGGAGGAGAAGUUCAUGGAGGCCAAUCCUUUCAAGAAGUUGUACGAGCCCAUAGUCACCACCACCAAGAGAAAGGAGGAAGAGGAAUGUGCCGCCGUCAUCCAGAGGGCCUACCGGAGACACAUGGAGAAGAUGAUCAAGCUGAGGCUGAAAGACAGGUCAAGUUCAUCGCUCCAGGUGUUUUGCAAUGGAGACUUGUCUAGCUUGGAUGUGCCCAAGAUCAAGGUUCAUUGUGACUGA